AUGUCUGUGAAAGCUUUUGUUGACGGUUUGAUCUCUUCGAAGAAGGUUGUGAUCUUCUCCAAAACUUAUUGUCCUUUCUGCACAAAGGCGAAGGAUGCUAUUGGCUCGUUCAAACUUCAAUCUGAUGCCAUUGAGACCGUAGAAUUGGACAAGAGAAACGAUUGUGAUCAAGUACAAGAUUACCUCAAGGACAUUACUGGUGGACGGUGAGUUCAACUACUUCUUUUACAAUAUCUUGAGUUUAGAUCUGUUCCCCGUGUGUUCAUAAAUGGCAAGUUCUUGGGUGGAGGAGAUGACACAGUAGCUGCCUUGAAGAACGGAUCUCUGGAAUCUAAACUGAAGGAAGCCGGCGCCCUUUAA